UGAGGAUCAUAAUUGGUUUCAUCUUCAUAACAAUCAGUCACUCCAUAACCCCCGUUCUCCUCCUCCUCCUUCUGCAACUCUCUCUUGCAAAUCUCAGAGGCAAGAAAAGAAAAGAAAAAGUUAGAGAGAGAAGAAACAGGAAACACCAGAGGCAGCAAUCAAUAAUAAUUCACUUUUUUUUUUCGUUGUUUCCAACACGCACACUCUCUCUCCCUUUUCUGCCAGCUCUGCAGCUUUGUCGUCCUCGUCAAUUCUCUCUCUCUCUCUCUCUGACACACACACAACACAGCCAUCAUCAUUCUUCGCAUACUCUCCUCGGAGCCAGAGAUCUCAAUAGACCCAGUCUGUGCUCUGAAAAGAAGACUAUUUUAAAAGGAAGCUUCAGUCAUGUCCAGUGCCACAAAAGUUUUAGAUCCAGCAUUCCAGGGAGCGGGUCAAAAAGCUGGAACUGAAAUAUGGAGGAUUGAGAAUUUUCAGCCAGUUCCAUUGCCCAAAUCAGAGUAUGGAAAAUUCUAUAUGGGAGAUUCUUACAUCAUCUUGCAGACAACACAAGGCAAAGGAGGCACUUAUUUUUAUGAUAUUCACUUUUGGAUUGGAAAGGAUACAAGUCAAGAUGAGGCUGGAACAGCUGCCAUUAAAACUAUUGAACUUGAUGCAUCUCUUGGAGGACGUGCUGUGCAGCACAGGGAAAUCCAAGGGCAUGAAUCUGACAAAUUUUUGUCAUAUUUUAAGCCAUGUAUAAUACCAUUAGAAGGGGGUGUUGCAUCUGGAUUUAAAAAACCUGAAGAGGAGGAGUUCGAAACACGAUUAUAUGUAUGUAAAGGAAAACGUGUUGUCAGAAUGAAACAGGUCCCUUUUGCACGGUCUUCACUGAACCAUGAUGAUGUAUUCAUCCUAGACUCACAGAAUAAGAUUUAUCAAUUCAAUGGAGCUAAUUCAAAUAUUCAGGAAAGGGCCAAGGCUUUGGAAGUUAUCCAGUAUCUGAAGGAAAAGUAUCAUGAAGGGAAGUGUAAUGUUGCCAUUGUUGAUGAUGGAAAGUUGGACACUGAGUCAGACUCAGGUGAAUUUUGGGUUCUCUUUGGUGGUUUUGCUCCAAUUGGAAAGAAAGUAGUUAGUGAUGAUGAUAUCAUUCCUGAGACAACUCCUGCCCAACUCUUUAGUAUCGCUGAUGGUGAGGUCAAGCCUGUAGAAGGUGAAUUUUCUAAAUCACUGCUGGACAACAGCAAAUGCUAUUUAUUGGACUGUGGUGCUGAGGUAUUCAUCUGGGUUGGCCGGGUCACACAAGUUGAAGAGCGAAAAGCAGCUUGUCUUGCAGCUGAGGAUUUUCUUACAAGCCAGAAACGACCAAAAUCUACAAGGAUAACCAGGGUCAUUCAAGGUUAUGAACCACAUUCAUUUAAGUCUAACUUUGACUCUUGGCCAUCAGGAUCCUCUAAUACUGGUGCUGAGGAUGGAAGAGGAAAAGUUGCAGCUUUGCUGAAGCAACAAGGGAUCGGUGUCAAAGGAAUGACAAAAAGUGCCCCAGUAAAUGAGGAAAUUCCGCCUUUGCUUGAAGGAGGUGGAAAGUUGGAGGUUUGGCAAAUCAAUAGGAGUGCUAAAGCUCCAUUACCUAAGGCGGAUAUUGGUAAAUUUUAUAGUGGUGAUUGUUACAUAGUACUGUACACUUAUCACUCUGGCGAAAGAAAGGAAGAUUAUUACUUGUGCUGUUGGUUUGGCAAAGACAGCAUUGAGGAGGACCAAAGAAUGGCAUCUCGUUUGGCCAAUACAAUGUUCAGCUCAUUAAAGGGUAGACCUGUUCAGGGUCGCAUUUUUGAAGGUAAAGAGCCACCCCAGUUUGUUGCUCUUUUCCAACCUAUGGUGGUUCUCAAGGGAGGUUUGAGCUCAGGUUACAAAAAAUUAGUAGCAGAUAAAGGCUUGCAAGAUGAGACAUACACAGCAGAGAGUGUCGCACUUAUUCGAAUUUCUAGAACAGCCAUACAUAAUAACAAUGCAGUGCAAGUUGAUGCAGUGGCAGCAUCAUUGAAUUCUGCUGAGUGUUUUGUCCUUCAAUCUGGUUCAACAAUGUUCACUUGGCAUGGCAAUCAAUCCUCCUUUGAGCAGCAGCAGCUAGCAGCGAAAGUUGCGGAGUUUUUAAAGCCUGGAGUUGCUUUAAAGCAUGCUAAAGAAGGAACAGAAAGCUCAGCUUUCUGGUUUGCUCUUGGAGGAAAACAGAGUUACACCAGCAAAAAAGUCAACAAUGACAUUAUCAGAGAACCACAUUUGUUUAGUUUCUCUUUUAAUAGAGGAAAGUUUCAGGUAGAGGAGGUGUACAACUUUUCCCAAGAUGAUUUGUUAACAGAGGACAUCCUCAUACUAGACACGCAUGCAGAAGUGUUUGUUUGGAUUGGCCAGUCUGUGGACCCAAAAGAAAAACAAAAUGCUUUUGAAAUUGGCCAGAGCUAUAUAGAUAAGGCUGUAUCACUGGAGGGACUAUCUCCUCGGGUACCGCUAUAUAAAGUAACAGAAGGGAAUGAACCAUGCUUUUUCACAACAUACUUUCCAUGGGACCAUGCUAAAGCUACGGUUCAGGGGAACUCUUUCCAGAAAAAGGUGACAUUACUCUUCGGGAUUCGCCAUGCUGUAGAGGAAAAGUCUAAUGGGCCAAGUCAAGGGGGACCAAGACAAAGAGCUGCAGCUUUGGCUGCCUUGUCUAAUGCCUUUAAUUCAUCUUCUGAUACGACAUCCAGUAUGUCACAGGAUAGAUUGAAUGGGCUGAAUCAAGGAGGACCAAGACAAAGAGCAGAAGCUUUGGCUGCUUUAAACUCUGCAUUUAAAUCAUCAUCCGGAACCAAAAGUUCUAGUCCUAAGACAACUGGAAGAAGUCAAGGAUCACAAAGAGCAGCAGCAGUAGCUGCUCUCUCUCAAGUUCUUACUGCUGAGAAGAAGAAACAGUCACCUGAUUCUUCUCCUGUGGCAACCAGAAGUCCUGUCGUGGAAACUAGCACUUCUGAUGCUAAAAGUGAAAGCACCCCUUCCGAAACAGAAGGUCCUGAAGAAGUUGCUGAAGUCAAGGAGACAGAAGAACCUGCUCCUGGAACAGGUAGCAAUGGGAAUUCAGAACCAAAGCAAGAAAGUGUGGAAGAUAGCAAUGAUACUCAAAAUAGCCAGACUGUGUUCAGUUAUGAGCAGUUAAAGGCUAAAUCUGGUAGUCAUCUGUCUGGAAUUGAUCUUAAACGCAGAGAGGCCUAUCUGGCGGAUAAUGAAUUCGGAACUGUAUUUGGAAUGACAAAAGAAGCAUUCUAUAAAUUGCCAAGAUGGAAGCAAGACAUGCUGAAAAAGAAACAUGAGUUGUUCUAGACUCACAAUACACCAUAUUCCUCAAUGAAAUUCAUGUUGGAUAGUGUGGUUUUAUUGGUACAAUACCAUACUUGGAUUCCUAUGCAUAGCACUUUGGUUUUGGCCUAUAAUGGAAGUAGCUGUUGGUUAGUGUCAAAGUUUGAAUGUGAUGCUGCCUAGAGAGUGAUUUUUGGUUUCUCCCUUUAAAUUUGAGGGCUGCCUCUUCCUCUUGUAAUGUUCACAUAUUAUUGUAGCAAAUUAAGACAGUGGACAGGUCCAAUUCUUUCAGUUUGUCAAAGUUUGUAUUUUAAGAAUUUGUUUUUUUCUGUCCCCUUGUUGCUAUUGGUUAGGGAGGCUGGUGUAUAUGUAUUGCAUGUUAAUACUGAAUCUCAAUAUAAAGAAUGAAAAUUGUUUGUUUGUUA